AUGGCUCAAACUUUAUAUUUCAGCGUUCUUCUCAUCGCUCUCUGUUCAUUAUCUGAAUGCAUUCAGCGCCGCUAUCACCACAUAAACAUAGAGAAGACCUGGACUGAAGCUCAGAGAUACUGCAGAGAAAACUACACAGAUCUGGCCACAGUCAACAACAUGAACGACCUGAAUCAACUGAUGAAGAGUAUAAAUCACAGUCUGUGGAUGAGCAGUAGUGAUGUAUUUGUCUGGAUUGGACUGCAUAGAUCAAGUGUUUGUAAAUGGAAGUGGUCUCUUGGUGAUCCUGUGAAAUAUACAAACUGGUAUGGAGACUCAAAUGGUCCAGGUCAUUGUGUUUAUAUGAGAGAUGGAUCAUGGCGUCAUCAGAUCUGUAAUGUUAGGAUGAGAUUCUUCUGCUACAAUGAUAAUCUGAUAUUGAUCCAGAUGAAUCUGAGCUGGUCUGAAGCUCUGAGAUACUGCAGAGAGAAUCAUGUGGAUCUGGUUUCAGUUGAUUCAGAGGGGAUUCAGUUCAUGGUGACUAAAGUGAUUGAUGAGUCCUCUACUGACGCCGUGUGGAUGGGGUUACGUCACUCCUGUGCUGUUGGUCUUUGGUUCUGGGUGAAUGGAGAGAUGGUCUGCUAUCAGAAUUGGGCUCCAGGGAACAAAACAGCAGUGGACGACUGUGACCAUGAAGUGAAAUCUGGAGCAGUUCAGUCUGGAGGAGAUCAUCGCUGGAUCAGCCUUCCUGAAUCUCAACAACUCAACUUCAUCUGCAUUAAAAAAUAAUAAAAUAAUU